AUGGAUUCUCCCAUUGUGGCCCAUCUCUUCCGCCAGCUGUUUCGGCAUCGCCCUCGCGGGUGUCAAGGCCUGCGCAAUGGCCUCGCCAGCAGACAGAGGCAGCCGAGUCGCGGCAUCGGCACAAGGCCGUCGAUCGAUCGCGGCAUGAAGACCAACGAGAGUCGCUGGCAGCAGCGGACGCACAUUUUGCCCGAGGACCGAAGAGAAGAGUUUGCGCAGUAUCCGUACAUCUCGCUGCAGGAGCUGAAGAAGAGGACGGAGCGGCCGCGGAAAGUGAAGAUGCUGCUUCGGGAUUUUAUAGACGAUAGUCUGUACAAUCCCUCGUACGGCUACUUCUCCAAAGAGGCCGUCAUCUUCAGUCCCGGCGAGCCCUUCGACUUCAAUGCCAUGCGUGACGAGCUCGAGUUCCAGGCCGAGCUGGGCCGGCGAUACACCGACUUCGAAGACCUGCUCGACGAGAAAGAAGGCGACAGCCCGACCAGACAGCUGUGGCACACGCCCACGGAGCUCUUCAGGCCGUACUACGGCGAGGCCAUUGCCCGGUACCUCGUCUCCAACUACCGCCUCACGACGUACCCCUACGACGACCUGCUCAUCUUCGAAAUGGGCGCCGGGCGAGGAACCCUCAUGCUCAACGUCCUCGACUACAUCCGCGCCGCCGACCCCCAAGUCUACGCCCGCACCAAAUUCAACAUCAUCGAAAUCUCCUCCUCCCUCGCCGCCAUGCAGAACCGCCACCUCCUCUCCACCGCCGAGUCCCGCGGCCACGCCGACAAGGUCGACAUCAUCAACAAGUCCAUCUUCGAGUGGGACCGCUACGUCCCCUCGCCCUGCUUCUUCCUCGCCAUGGAGGUCUUUGACAACUUCUCUCACGACGGCAUCCGCUACGACGUCACCACCGAGGAACCCUUGCAGGGCCACGUGCUCAUCGACGGCGACGGCGACUUUUACGAGUUUUACGUCCACGAGCUGGAUCCCCUGGCCGCGAGAUUCUUCCGCGUCCGCCACGCCGCCACCGGCGGAAACUAUCCCAAGCCGUACCCUUCCAACCCUCUCCUCCGCCAUCUGUCCACCAAGAUGCCCUUUGCCGCCAACCUCUCCCCCGCCGAGUUCAUCCCCACCAGGCUCAUGCAGUUCUUCGACGUCCUGGAAAAGUACUUCCCCGCGCACCGUCUCCUCACGUCCGACUUCGACGCUCUCCCCCAGGCCAUCAAGGGCCUCAACGCUCCCGUCGUGCAGACCCGUUUCCAACGAAGAAUGGUCCCCGUCACAACCCCCCUUGUCCACCAGGGCUACUUUGACAUCCUCUUCCCCACAGACUUCAACAUCACCGAGGCCAUUUACCGGGCCAUCACCGGCAAGUUGACCCGCGUCAUGUCCCACGGAGACUUCAUGCGUCGGUGGGCCUAUGUCGAGGACACGGAGACGCGCAGCGGAGAGAAUCCCCUCCUGUCGCAUUAUAGAAACGCCAGUGUCAUGGUUACUGUAUAA